AUGCAGACAUUUACAGAUAUGGCAUCGUUUGGCUGUCCAUCAGAUUCUGUCCGUUAUAUCAACCCUUCAUUCAAUCAAAACAACACACAAUUGAGACAAUCGUUGGCCGACAAGACAUCAGUGAAUAUACCAAUGAUUACACCCGACAUGUCUUCGUCUCAAUGGAUACUCAAUCCGUUCUGUUCUUCGGCACCGAUGAUGACCACAACCAUUGCCAACAAUAUGCCAGACAUGACACCACUCUUCGCACCAAACUUUUUGAUCCCGAAUAAUAGCGACACAAAUGCCACCAAUUUGUCGGUCAUGUCUUGGAGGACAUCAUUGGACGCCGCGUUGGCCUCCGUUUCGGCCAAUAAUUGCAAUACAAAUGUCAACAAAGAUGUGAUUCGUUUCAAGACAUGUACUCUUUAUGUCCCCAAAGCCAACGCUCCGAAGGCAGUGACCAGAGAGCGACCCCUCGGCUGUCGGACUGUAUUUGUCGGCGGUUUACCCGAAAAUAUUACCGAAGAUAUUCUUCAGGAAGUGUUUGCGACACUUUGUGGUGAUAUCUGUGCCAUAAGGAUGAGUAAGAAGAACUUCUGUCACAUAAGGUUUGAAAACGAGUCGUCCGUCGAUACGGCCAUUGGUUUGUCCGGACAUCGGCUUAAGAUUAACGAUUUGGAUGACACGCCAAACACGGGUCGACUGCAUAUCGACUGCGCUCAGGCCAGAGAUGAUCAGUACGACUGGGAGUGCAGACAACGGGCCCUUCAGCGGCAGAUGAGACACAGCGAACGCCACGAAUACGACCGCAUGUGUCCGCCCAGCCCUCCGACCGUACACUUCAGCGAUCACGAGGCCAUACAACUGGUGGACAAAUUAAAGUGCGAACAAAGUUUUGUGAAAGCCGUGGAUGUGUUGAUCCAUUGGAUGGACAGAGGCGAGUGUCAGAAGCGAAAUUCUGGCCAAUUUUACGCUAUGAUUCAAAGCACUAAUAAUCAUAUGAAACGACUGCAAAGCGAGACCACUAUCUUUGAAAAUGAAUGGAUUAAUUCACGACAAUUAUAUCACACGAAGACUCAAUCGGUUUUAGUCCAGUUAAAUCAAAUUGAAAAAGUGUUUGAGUCGGCGAUGAGACAGAAGUCUUGGGAUCACUUCACCAAAGCUCAGCGCAAACACAUCGACGCCUGGUUUAAGCAAAUUAAGGAAGUGAAGAGUCAACAGUUGGAAGUGGUUCUCAACAAACGAGAAGAGGACGAAAUGGAUUUGAGUGAUGGCGACGACGACAACGAUAGUCCUGUUAUCUUCGGACACAACACAUCGCUUACCGAUUCAAUGGAUAAAAACGGUUACAACAGUUCUGUAAUGAGUUUGCGGGACGAAAACGACGCUUUGCUGUGUCAGGUCGAGUCCUUCAGGAAUGAAGCCGUCUUUGUUCACGAAGAGAACCGUCAGGAAAGGGAACGACUCGACAAACAGAUCGCUCUUUUGCAACAGGCAUUACAGGGAAUGCAACACCAAUUGAUUGCAUUGACUCAAAACAAAGUAUCCGAUGGAUCGCAAUCACAACUGCAAACAGAUUACACCAGAGAUCAAAUCAGAGAUCAAACCAGUGAAACGGCUCUUUAUAAUAGAGACGAAGCUUUAAAUGAGAAUAAUUUUGGUGCCAUUAGUCCCCAAAAGACAGCUCUUCUCAUAAGUUUGAUAUCAAUCUAUUUCAAUGUCCAUCCGUACGGCACUACCAGUGAUGACAUCAGCCGUUAUUUAUCACUUCAAAGUCAUAUCCGAGAGACACAACUUCUUUCCACCACUUUUAUCGACUCAUUUUUAGCACAAUAUCCACAGCUUUUCACUCCAUUAGAGUCGGACUCCAAUGGAAGGAAACUUUGGAGGUUUUCGGCGUUUCAAACGUAA